ACUCCUCACAGUUUAGUAUUUGCUUAACUCUUAUCUGGUGAGGAUGGAUUUUAAGGGUAAAAGUGUGGUUUAUGUUGGCGGAUUUGGUGGUAUCGGGCAAAAAUGCAUUGAAGAAUUGUUGAAAAGGGAAAUUGGCUUCCUCUUUAUUUUCGAGCUGGCAACCAAUGAUGAGUACGUGAAAAAGUUAAAGGAGUCGUUUUCCAAUUGUAAAAUCGAACAUAUUUCGGUUGAUAUGUCUAAAGUAGCAACCAUUGAAAAUGCCUAUAAAUGUGUAAUGGAGAAAAUUAACCACAUUGAUAUGGUGGUCAAUGGAAGUGGAAUCUUGAAUGAACGUCUAAUAGAUUUAUCGGUAGCUGUGAAUUUGACUGGUGUUAUUCACAGCAAUUUUAUAGCCUUGAGUUAUAUGAGUAAGGCCAAUGGUGGCCACGGAGGACUGAUAGUUAAUAUUGCCUCUGUGGCAGGCUUAGAACCAAUGGCCUUUACCGCUGUCUACUCCGCAACUAAAAGUGGAGUUAUAAGUUUUACAAAAUCUAUGGCGAAUCCCAGUUAUUUUCAAAAUACUGGCGUGAGUUUUAUUGCGAUCUGCCCUGGUGGCACAAUUACAAAACUUCUUGCAGAUCUGCAAUCUAAAUCAACAUUCCCGGAAUUUUUCGAAGAAGUGAAAAAGUCUAUGGGGAAACAGGCUCUCCAAUCCGCAGAUGCAUUUGCUGAAGAAUUUAUUAAAAUUUUGGAAAUUGCCUAUAAUGGAACAGUGUGGACCGUAGAAGGUGGAACAGUUAAAAAUGUUGAUUAAAUUGCCUUUAUAUGUUCAAUAAAAAUAUUUUUUAUAAUUUUUACCACAUGGUGGUGCAGAGCAUUAUGCUUUGUGCAAUUGUUGAAUUACA